AUGUCUACAAAGACUACAGGUGACAGCAGAAACCAUCCAAUGGCUGUGCCGCAAUCGGAAGACGUCUCGAGUGGGCCUUCAGGGUUAGCAGGUGGACCCUCAGGGGCCUUGAAUCAAGACAUCCCUCCCGACAUGGCACUUUUGCUUCAACAAUUGGAAGAUGACUUCAAUCAUAAGGUUAUAGAUCAAUGGACCUAUAUCAACCGAAGAGAAGAGAUCAUGAGACUGGUCAGCAAACUCCAUGAAGCACAGCAGCAAGAAUAUAACAACACUGAACUUAGUAAUGCCGAGUUGCAACCGCCUUUACUCCCCCGGAAACAGUCACCAAUAGUUGACAAAGAGUAUGAGAACUUCUUUGUGAAUAUCUUACAACAGCGAGCGGCCAUCUAUAAGACAGAAAUGGCGUUCACCGUAUUGGAUGGGAAGGGGAAGGAGAUCUACUCUAUAUCUUGGGAAAAGCUAUAUACCAAAGCUGUUAGAAUAGCCAUGGAGAUUAGACAUAAAACAAGUCUUUCAAAUUCCGAUACCGUAGUGUUGCUAUAUAAGGACGGGGAAGUGGUUGAGUUUACCGUGGCAUUAUUUGCAUGUUUUUUGGCUAAAGUUGUUGCAAUCCCCAUUCAUCAAGACAUUGCCUUAAGUGAAGUUCUUAAUAUUAUUAAUUUCACUUCCUCCAAACUUCUAUUAUAUUCAGAUGCUGUAGCCAAAGACUUGGAGAAGGUGAAUAAUAAUUCCUCUGGACUGCGUAUCCAAUGGCCAUCAAAGCUUCAACGUUUGAGAACUACAGAAUUUGGUUCAGCUAAAAAAACAGAAAUAUCUGGUUGGCUUGCCUCUACAAAGAAAUCCCCCAAGUUCUCGGAUUUGGCCUAUGUGGAGUUUUCAAGGUCUCCAUUAGGUGAAUUAAGAGGUAUUGCCUUAAGUCACCGGACAAUUUAUCAUCAAAUGCAUUCAUUGAAUUCAACGUUACUGAGUAUGCCCAAUUCUCAGGGUGACUUACAAAGAAGCGCCAAAGAGUAUCGUAGAGGCAGAUGUGUUGUAUUGGCAACUCUUGAUAUACGGUUUUCCAUAGGGAUUAUUAUUGGUAUACUUUUCACGGUAUAUUCCGGUAAUAAUUUGAUAUGGGCACCACAAAAGGUAAUGGAAGUCCAAGGUCUUUAUGCUAAUAUUGUUUCCAAAUGUCGGGCUUCUUUACUUUUAGGAGAUUAUUUUGGAUUAAAAAGAGUCACUUAUGAUUAUCAAAAGGCACCCAAUGAAACAAGAUAUUAUUCCAAGACUCAAGCAGUUGACUUUUCCUGUGUUAAAUGGGUAUUAAUAAAUGCAUUGACCAUUGAUGGAGAAUUUCUUGAAAUCUUAAUGAAUAGAUAUUUACGUCCUUUAGGAUGUCAGGAUCCAGCUAAUGCAAUCUUGCCCAUGUUAACUUUAAGUGAGUACGGAGGAAUGGUUAUUUCAAUGAGAGAUUGGUUAGGAAAGAAAGACCGUCUUGGUAUCACAGAUAUGCAAGUUAAUGAAGAUGAAAACGGUCUUUCUUCAGUAUUAAUUGAUAAAGAAAGUUUAGCAAGAAAUAUUGUUAAGGUAGUCGAUACCAACCCUCCAACUGAUGAUAUUACUCAAGGAACUUUAAGAGUGGAUGCCUUUGGAUAUCCACUUCCGGAUGCAAUUCUAGCAGUAGUUAAUCCUGAGCUGUGUGGAUUAGCUCGUCAGGGAGAAUUGGGAGAAAUAUGGAUAGAUAGUCCUUGUCUUUCCGGUGGAUUUUAUGGUAUGAGAAAAGAAUCCCGUCUGAUUUUCCAUGCCAAAUGUCAUGAUGCCAACGGACCCCUUGAAAUGGAUUUUCUAAGAACUGGUUUGUUAGGAUUCACAUUUAAUGGGAAAGUGUACAUUUUGGGGUUAUAUGAAGAUAGAAUAAGACAAAAGGUCAGUUGGUUGGAUCAAAAAAUAUAUAAUAAGUUGGGUAAAGAAUUGGUUUAUGGAAAUGGUACUCGAUACCAUUAUUCCUCCCAUCUACUCACAACAUUAGCCAGUGAAGUCAAACAAUUGUACGAUUGUACCAUUUUUGACAUCUUUAUUGGGAAUGAAUACUUACCUGUGGCUAUUGUGGAAGCAGAAGUCAUCAAAAAACCGUUGACAGAUACAAGAAGUGGAGACUAUAAUAAUAAUCAAGGACAUAAUAAAGCCAUUAAGGAAGGAGAACAAAUUUACAGUGCCGUUCCUUUAAAUGAGGCUGAACUUAAUGCUAUUUCUCAAAGAUGUUUUGACACUCUAUACAAACACCAUUGCUUAAGACUUUAUUGUGUCUUGGUAGUUGAUUGUGAUACCUUGCCUAAGAUUUGGAGAAGUGGGGGGAAAGAAAUUGCCAGUAUGCUUUGUAAAAAGAAGUUCUUAGAGGGCUCUCUUAAAGCUGAAUAUGUUCGGUUUUUUGUUCGAAAGUCUUUAAGUAUGAUCCCUCAUGGUGAAGAUGUCAUUGGAGGAAUUUGGUCUCCAUAUGUCUCUGAACUUAGGAGUAUGGCAUUAGCCAACUUUCCUCCUCAAUAUUCUUCAAUUGACUACAAGGAUAAGUCAAUAGAUGAACGUACAGGAGCCAUUUUAACAGAUUUCAAAUCAAUUUUGGAUAUCUUGAAGUUCAGAGUUGCAAGUUCCGGUGAUUCAAUUGCCUUUCAUACGCUAGAGAAUUUCAAAGGAAGCAGUAAACCAUUGACUUGGAAGAAAUUUGAACAAAGAGUCUAUGCCGUUUGUCAUUACUUGAUUGAAAAGUCAGAUGUCAGAGCAGGUGGGUAUGUUAUAUUAAUGUAUUCACUUUCUGAAGAAUUCAUAGUUGCAUUAUACGCAUGUCUUAUGUGUGGAAUUAUAGCUAUUCCUAUGCUUCCCUUUGAUUCCAACAGAAUAGGUGAAGAUUAUCCGGCAUUCCUUGGGGCCAUUAGAGACUUUGAUGUUCAUGAGAUCCUUGUCAAUGAAGAGGUUGAAAAGUUCUUAAAGAAUGGACCUAUUGCUGAUUCCUUUAAGAAGUUCUCUAGCAGAUAUAAAAAUUUGAAAGUGAAAAAUACUGCUAAAGUCACUAAGGUAUCAAAUGUUGCUUCUUUGAAUUCCAAAAUUGCAAAGUACCAAGCUGCUGUUGACUUUAGAGAUGAGAAUACUGUGGCCAUGGUUUGGUUGAACUUCACUUCAGAUUAUUACAGAGUGGGAGCAGCUUUAAGUCAUAAAUCUAUAGUAGGUAUCUGCAAAGUUUUUAAGGAAACUUUAAAUUUAUCCAAUCGGUCAGUUAUCAUUGGUUGUGUUCGUCAUUCUGCCGGGAUAGGGUUGAUUCAAUCAGCUUUAUUGGGACCCUAUUUGGGUACUACAACAUAUUUGAUGUCUCCAGUGACAUAUGCCGAGAGUCCUCUAUCAUUUUUCUUAGCAUUGUCCCGUCAUAAAGUGAAAGAUGUGUUUGUCACUGAACAGAUGUUGAAAUACGCUGCUAUUAAGUUCACACCCAAAGGCUUCAACUUGAGUGAACUUAAAAAUAUGAUGAUUAGUACCGAGGGUAGAGUUGAAAUUGAUAUGCUUAGAAAGAUUGCUAAAGUCUUUUUGCCUACAAAAUUAAGUGCUGCAUCAAUGGCAAGCGUCUAUUGUCAUUUCUUCAACCCUAUCAUAUCUACGAGGUCUUAUAUGUCUGUUGCACCUGUUGAUUUAUUCCUAGACCCUAUUGCUUUGAGACAAGGGUAUGUUUCUGUGGUGAACCAGGUUGAGGUACCCAGCGCUUUGCAUAUUCAAGAUUCAGGUAUGGUUCCAGUGUGUACCGAAAUUGCCAUCGUUAAUCCGGAAACUUGCAAGAUAUGUAAAGAAGGAGAGUUUGGAGAGAUCUGGGUUUGUUCUGAAGCUAAUUUGGCAGGCUUUACUAAUGGACCAAAGGGACCUUCUGAUCAAUUCACUUCUAAUCAAUUCAUGGGUAAAAUAGUUGAUGGGAAUCCAAAUAUGACUUACUUAAGAACAGGAGAUCUAGGGUUUCUCUAUGACGUUACAAUUACCAGGAAUAUUAAAAACAGUGACAAUAAUCCUGGAGAAGAAUUUAAAAUGGAAACUCAAUCAUUCCGUCCAUUAUUUGUUUUAGGUAAAAUAUCAGAUACCUUUGAGAUCAUGGGACUUCAUCACUUCCCCAUUGAUAUUGAACGGACCAUUGAAUCAUGUCAUCCUGAUAUAUAUAGAAAUGGUUCCUGUGUAUUCAAAUGUGCUGAAUAUACUAUCGUUGUGUGUGAGUCCAAGAGAAGUCGGUACUUUGCGUCAUUGGUACCGCUUUUAGUCAAUACUAUUCUUAGUAAGCAUCAUUUAGUCGUUGAUAUAGUUGCCUUUAUCAAGAAGGGAGAGUUCCCUAUUUCUCGUUUAGGCACUAAACAAAGAGCACGGAUCAUAGAUGCUUGGGUAGGAGGAGUUAUACCUAUUCUGGCGGCGUAUGGAGUUAAUUAUGGUGAGAAUAGUAUGAUUCAAUUGGUUAAAGAAAUUGAUGAUGUGGCUCGUGAUAAUCCAAUUACCAGCUUAAAGAACCCCGCUGUUUCAUAUUACGAAGAUGAUGAUUCGGUUUUUGAUCCCCGGUUCAGUAAUGGACUUACAUUAAAUCAAUCUGGGUCAGGUGAUUUCCACAAGGGUAUAUCUUCUGGUGCGAGUGUCACUACAGCCAAUACUGAUGAUGAUACGCUUCAGUUUAUGCCUAAGCAACAGUUUCAGUUUCAACAACAGAACCAACUGCAUAUAUCGUAA